AUGCGGUACCUCAUCGUGGGCCAGAGCAGCGCUGACACCGUGCACCGGCUGGGGCAGACCCUGGAGGCCUCCUCCCGCGUGGGCACUGCCCAGGAGGACCUGGCGCUCUGGCUGGGACGCGUGGAGAAGGAGCUGGCCUCCUGGGACAGCCAGCACGGCGGCCAGGAGCCUCCAGUCAGCACGAGCGACAGGGAGAAGUUUGAGCAGAUCCUGGGCUCCGAGCUUGCCCACCUGGAGGGGCUCGGUGAGCGGCUGGAGGCGGUCAGCCAGGUCCAGCUGGACGCGCAGGCGCUCCGCUCGCAGCUCUCGGACCAGAAGCUGCUCUCUGCUGAGAUCCUGCACCACCGCGGGCUGGCGGAGCGGCUGCUGGGCAUCGCGGACCCGCUGCUGCGGUCCUGCCCCGAGCCCCUGCAGCAGCGCCUGCAGUUCGCCGAGGCUCACGCCGAGCUCUUGCCGUGGCUGGAGGAGACGCAGGCCGUCGGGGUGCAGCUCUCCCCAAACGCCAUCAGCUACGAGGCCUUCAAGGAGCAGCAGGCACUGCUGCAGUGCCUGCGGGAGGCGAUCGCGGAGCACCGGCCCCUGAUGGGGAAGCUGCAGCGCGUCUCCGCGCAGCUGGUGGAGCUGAGCCCGGAGCAGGGCGCCCCGUUCCAGCAGCGCUGGCAGGAGGCGGAGGAGCAAUACUGCCGUGUCCGUGAGCGUGUGCGCCAGGCGGCCGCUGUGCUGGAGGACGCGCUGCCGCGCUACAGCCAGGUACGGCCGGCACGGGGGCUGGGUCCCCCCGAGCUUCCCUCCGGUGACCGGGCUGGUCCCGCUGCACCUUUCCCAGCUGACCGAGCGCAUGGACCUGCUGCUGGAGUGCCUGGAGCGGCUGCAGAGCCGCCUGCAGAGCCAGCCCUCUGUCCGCGGCGACACGGCCCACCUUCGGGAGCAGAUCCGGGAGAACAGCCUGGCCCUGGGCGAGCUGGAGAAGCUGGGGGUGGCCCUGGAGACCGUGCAGGCACAGGGCGCCGAGCUGCUGGCCAGCAUGCAGGCAGCCAACUCCGACGCUGCUGCCAGAGGGAUCCAGGAGCGGACGGCGCAGCUGCUGUCCCAGUGGGGCCGCCUGCGGGGCCGCUGCGAGGAGCAGGAGCGCUGGCUGCGGGAGCUGCUGGCGCUGGCCGACCGCUUCUGGCACGGCCUCUCGGAGCUGGCCCUGACGCUGAGCGACACCCAGCAGCUGGUGCUGGGCCUGGAGGAGGCUGGCUGGCGAGUCCCGAGGCCAUCCGCACGCGGCUCCGCACCAUGCAGGCGCUGCGGGAGGAGAUCGACUCGCUGCAGGGCGAGCUGGACACGCUGGGCAUCCUGGGCGUGGAGCUGAUGUCCUCCUGUGGGGACCCCGACAAGCCCGAUGUCACCAAGAGCCUGGAUGAUCUCUACUCCUCCUGGCACAGCCUGAACAAGGUGUGGACGGAGCGCUACGCCCGCCUCGAGGAGCAGCUCCAGGCCUCCGUCAGCUACCAAGAGACCAUGCAGCGGCUGUUCGAGUGGCUGGACGCGGCUGAGCUGCGCAUCGCGGAGGAGUUCCUCGUCGGAGGGGACCUGGACAUGGUGCAGCAGCAGCUGGCGGAGCUGAAGGAGUUCAAGCGGGAGCUCUACCAGUGCAAGGUGGACGUGGAGAGCCUACGGCACCAGGCUGGCCCAGGGGGGCAGGGGCAGGGGGACCCCCCGGCCCCGCUCAGCGACUUCCGACAGCGCUGGGACCGCCUGGAGGAGGAGAUCGUCAGCCGCCAGCACCAGCUGGAGGCAGCCCUGCUGGGCCUGGGGCAGUUCCAGCACCAGCUGGAGGAGCUGCUGCAGUGGCUGUCCCACACCUCGGAGCAGCUGCAGGGCCCCACGCUGCUGCGCCUCGACCUGCAGAGCUGCGAGAUCGAGCUGGCCAAGCACAAGGUGCUGAGGAACGACGUGAUGUCCCAUGCCCGCACCGUGCAGUCCGUCAACGAGGCCGGGCAGGGCUUGCUGCUCUCCAGCCUGGGGGACAGCGUGGAGGGGCUGCAGCGCAGCCUGCAGCAGCUCAACCAGCGCUGGGACGUGGUGCAGAGCGAGACCGAGAGCCGCCAGCUGGAGCUGGAGAACAACCUCAGCCAGGUGCAGGACAUCACGCUGGAGAUCACGGAGCUGCUGCAGUGGCUGGAGCACGUGGAGCUGCAGCUCUUCUUCUCCAAGCCGGCGUGGGGCCACCCAGACACCACCAAAGAGAAGCUCGCCGCUCACCUGGAGCUGUGCAAGGAGAUGGAGUCCAAGCAGGAGACGUACGACGCCGUGCGGGACCGCCUGCAGCGGCUGCUGGGCUCCUGCCGCGCGGCACGGCCCUGCAGCACCGAGCACAGCCUGCGCAUCCUGGAGCAGAAGUGGGAGAGCGUCCACGCCGAGGCACAGGAGAGGAAGGAGCGCCUGGCCGAGGGGCUGACCGUCACCACCGAGUUCCACGGCACCAUGCAGGAGCUGCUGCGCUGGGUGGCACACGCAGAGGAGCUCCUCAGCUCCCCCGCGCCCCCCAGCUUCAUCCUGGACACUGUCACCGUGCAGAUCCAGGAGCACAAGGCCCUGGUGAAGGAGGCAAACGCCCACGGGGAAAAGCUGAGCAGCCUGGAGGCCGUGGCGUCGCGCCUGAAGGACUUCAGCAGGAAGCAGGACGGAGCCGUGAUCCAGAACCUCGUGCUGACGGCCAAGGAGCGGCUGGGCAAGGUGCUGCAGCACACGGCGGAGCGCGGGGCGGCUCUGGAGGAGGCUCGCAAGCGCACCAAGCAGUUCAGCGAGUCCCGGCGGCUGCUCCUGGACUGGAUGGACGAGGCGGAGCAGGCCCUGGAGGCGCCGCAGGACACGGCCACGAGCCAGGAGGAGAUCAAGUGCCAGCUGGCUGAGCACAAGGCUUUCCAGAGGGAGCUGCGCUCGAAGCGGCCGGUGUACGAGGCCACGCUGCGCAGCGGGAGGGCCCUGCGGGAGAGAGCCCGGCUCCCCGAGGACCUGCAGCCGCUGGAGGAGCUGCUGGGGGAGCUGAAAGAGCGCUGGGACGCGCUGUGCAGCCGGGCUGCCGAGAGGCAGCACAAGCUGGAGGAGGACCUGCUCUUCUCAGGCAAGUUCACCGACGCGCUGCAGGCUCUCAUGGACUGGUUGUACCGGGCUGAGCCGCAGCUCAGUGAGGACGUGCCCGUCGGAGGGGACCGGGACCUGGUCAGCGACCUGAUGGACAAGCAUAAGGUCUUCCAGAAGGAGCUGGGCAAGCGAGCCAGCUGCAUCAAGAUGCUGAAGCGCUCGGUGCGGGACCUGACCCGCGGCAGCAGCAGCGUGGACUCCCAGUGGCUGCAGAAGCAGAUGGAGGAGCUGAGCACGCGGUGGGACCUGGUCUGCAAGCUGUCUGUCUCCAAGCAGGCCCGGCUGGAGGCUGCGCUCCGGCAGGCAGAGGAGUUUCACACCCUGGUGCAGUCCUUCCUGGGGCGCCUCUCCGAGUCAGAGAAAACCCUCAAGUACGGCGUCUUCCCCGAGGAGGAGGCGGCUGUGCAGGAGUGCCAGAACCAGCUGCAGGAGCUGAUGAAGUCCCUGCAGUGCCAGCAGCUGGAGCUGGAGUGCAUCACCUCGCUGGGGGAGGAGAUCCUCUCCACCAGCCACCCAGACUCCAUCAUCACCAUCAAAUCCUGGGUCACCGUCGCCAAGAGCCGCUUCCAGGAGGUGCUGAGCUGGGCGCAGCAGCAGGGCGAGAGGCUGCAGGCCCAGCGGGCCAGCCUGGCGGCCGAGCGGGAGGAGAUGGCCCAGCUCGUCGACUGGAUCACGGCUGCCGAGGAGGCGCUGAGCCUGCGGGACCAGGAGCCGCUGCCGGAGGAGGCUGAGCAGCUGGAGGAGCUCCAUGCCCAGCACGCGGUGUUCAUGGAAGAGCUGAACCGCAAGCAGCCUGACGUGGAGAAGGUCACUAAGAGCUGCAAGCAGAAGCUGGCCACUGAGCUGGGGCCACCAUCCGCCCGCAGAUUGGCCACACGGCGCCGCAGCGUGGGGAAGGCGCAGGGCGCUCCGGCAGUGCCACUUGGGGGGCUGGAGCCCCAGACGCCCCUCAUGGCCCAGCUCCUGCACCGCUGGCAGCAGCUCUGGCUCCUGGCUCUGGACAGGCAGUACCGGCUGGAGACGGCCCUGCAGCGCCUGCGGGAGCUGGAGGAGUUUGCUCACUUCGACUUCGGGGUCUGGAGGAAGCGUUACAUGCAGUGGAUCAGCCAGAUGAAGUCCCGGGUCCUGGAUGUUUUCCGUGGCAUCGACAGGGACCAGGAUGGGCGCAUCAGCCAGCGGGAGUUCAUCGAGAGUGUCCUCUCCUCCAAGUUCCCCACCAACGUCCUGGAGAUGAACGCUGUGGCGAGCAUCUUUGACAUGAACGGGGACGGCUUCAUCGACUACUACGAAUUCGUCAGCACCCUGCACCCCAACCGGGACCCGCUGCGCCGGACCGCGGAUGCCGACCAGAUCCAGGACGAGGUGAACAGGCAGGUGGCCCAGUGCAACUGUGCCAAGCGCUUCCAGGUGGAGCAGAUCAGCGCCAACAGGUACCGGUUUGGGGAGUCGCAGCAGCUGCGGAUGGUGCGGAUCCUGCGCAGCACCCUGAUGGUGCGGGUUGGCGGGGGCUGGAUUGCGCUGGAUGAGUUCCUGGUGAAGAACGACCCCUGCAGAGUGAAGGGCAGGACCAACCUGAAGAUCAACGAGAAGUACCUGUCCCCAGAUGCCUUCGGGGCCACCGCGGCCAAGUGCGCGGGGAACCAGUCGGCCCCCUCCUCCAAAGUGCUGUCCCCCAGCCGCUCCAACUCCAGCCUCAGCCUCUACAGCAGCGCCUCAGCCCCCAGCAGCCCCCUGGCCAGGAAGUCAGUGCUGCGGAGGACGCGCUCUGGGGACCGGUGCCCCCGCUCCCGGGGCUCCCUGCUGCCCGACGGGGCCGAGCUGCAGUUCACCGCGGCCGAGGAGAGCCCGGACGUGGCACCCCCAGAGCCGCCCGAGGGGUCCCCCCCAGAGCGCUGCAGCCCCUGCCGCUGAGCCCCCCCAGCCACCCGCCCUGCGCCCAGCACCCUUGGCCGGCCCCACUCAGGACUCUUCUCCCCGGAGGCCGCCCGCCACGGGGCUGAGGACGGCGAAGCUGCAGCCGUGCGCCCCACGGGUCUCCGGGCCGAGGGUGGCCGCCCUGCGCGCCCCGGUACCGCGCUGCGGCCCUGCGAGAGGGUGCCCACCGGCAAGGGCUGAGCUGUCUGUCCAUCACUGACCCCAGCAUAUAUGCAAGCGUCCCCCGACACACACCAAACCACCCCCAGGCUCUGGCUGGCACAUCCCCCAGCCCCACCACCCCCCCCGGCAAGGCGGGUGCCACAGUUGGAGCACCCGGGGCAGCUGCGGGCGGCCUGGAUCAUCGCGGUGCUGGGCUCCCCCAGGGUCCCAGUGGCCCCUGUGCCCCGGGGAUGGCCCCCGCCUGUCUCCCCCAGGCUCCUGUGCUCUUAAGGCAGCUGCUGAGGCCCCGGACAUUUGGCACCACCCGGCAGGGAGCCUGCCCUCGCUGCCUGCCCGCACCUGGUGAGAGGUGGGAGGUGGCAGGGUGCCGCAGCCGGGCGCCGGGGCCCCUCACCGGGUGCAGAGCCCCAUUUCUGGUGCUAACCCUCACCCCGUGGGCCUGUGGUGUGUGCGCACCAGGCCCUGGCCACAGCUGUCCCCCGCCCCGGCAGGGCUGGGGCUGCCACCGGCGGGGGUCCCCGUGCCCCCAUCCCGCCCGCAGCACCCCUCGGGUGGCGGGUCCCUGCCCUGCUGACGCAUGUUCACCGCCACCCCGCUAACCGGACAGCAGUAGAGCUGAAUGUAACCCUGGCCGGGGCACGGCCCUGCCAGCCACAAUAAAGAGUAGAUUUCUUUUUCUAUAAGCA